CCUUCUCUCCUUCUCCUCACAAUCUGACUCCAACGCCACAUAAAUGAAGUUCUUCCAAGAAUUAGCUUCAUGUUAUCGCCCAUCGACAUCAGCCUCCCCGUCACAUGAAGAUGAGUAUGAGGCUCCUCACGCGGUGACUCCUCUCCCCCCCGGUCACCACCAUGCGAAACGCUUGAACAAAUCGGGUGGUGGUGGUGGCUCCGCCUCGUCUGCAACUCGACAUUGGAGACCAACUCUCCAGGUCAUCAGGGAAGACGGCGUCGUUUUCGGUUCGGAAGCUAGGAAUAAGAUUGCUGAGAAGAGGAGUCAUGGUGAAAACAAGUCUAAGCCUCACAGGGUUAGACGUAAUGAGAAUUCCUUCUAUUCGAGGAAUGAUAAUAUUAGUGAGACAAUGAGUAUACCAGCGUUCUCUCCGACACCCUUUUGACCAGCUUAAGCUUUUCUUUUUGGGAUC